GACAGGCUGGCUGCCAACGCUUCAAUCAAUGCGGACAGGGUCGGUCUAGCACCGGCGUUUGUCUGCUUUCAGUCUUAAUUAUCCGGAAUGUUUUUAUUAUUUUAUUUUUAUUACAGUGUGCUUUAAUGUGAGUGUCCUCGAGAGGGCGGAGCGAAAAGCGUGACAGACUUUUUAUGCAACGUUUCAAACAGCCGCUUUGCAGUCACUGCAGCAGCAGCAGCAACAAACAAAACCCGUAUUGUGGUCCAACACCUCAAGGAGGAAACUGUCACCUCUCCUCUUCGAUAGAAACCGCAUCAUCGCCCGACACUGACAGAGACUCUCCUCCAGUGAGCCAGCGCUCAUUUUGAAGACAGACCCGGGCUAGCAGCGGGCUAACCCACCCACCCACCUUAGCCUGGUGAGCUAAGUUGACUACGUCGAGAACUUUGUUGGCGUGCUAGCAACUCUGUUAACCCGGAGGCUCUGCUCGAAGGUUGGAUGCGGUUAUCUGAAUAAGUCGGUACAUAAAGAGGGACGCCCGAUGAGCUAAUAUCUAGCUCGCCAUGCUAGUUUUGAACGUGCCUCGCUGGCUGUUAAUGAAUGUGUCGGAUCGGAUCGGGUCGCCGGGUGUUGCCUAGCCGUCGCCCCCUUCACUGAAAACGCUGCUGAUGACUCGUCUAUGACUGGAGAAGAGACUUUGUGUUGUCUCCUGUCACCACCGGGACAAAGAAACCCCAUCUGCCUUUUUAUUUGACAAGAAAAAUACUCGGAUUUGUGCGACGACAUGGGAUCUCUGAAGGCUCUCCAGGAGUGGUGUCGGAUACAGUGCGAAAAUUACAACGAUGUGGAAAUAAAGGACAUGUCCUCGUCCUUUCGGGACGGGUUGGCGUUUUGUGCCAUUAUACAUCGUUACAGACCAGAGCUGAUAGAUUUUGGCUCGCUGUCUAAAGAGAACGUCUACGAGAACAACCGACUGGCGUUUGAAGUGGCAGAGACACAGCUGGGGAUUCCAGCCCUGUUGGACCCGGAGGACAUGGUGUCCAUGAAAGUGCCUGACCGGCUCAGCAUCAUCACAUACGUCUCUCAAUACUACAACUUCUUCAACAACAAGUCUCAAGCAAAUCCUCCUUGCAUGAAAAGGCUGAGUUCUGCCGGUCUCAAUGAGCCAGCCCAGAAGAGGCCCCCAACCCCUUUGGAAGACAAAGCGGUUGAGUCUGAGCCGAGCCAGCCCGCGCAGACCGGCAUAGCAGUGUUUGGAGCGGUCAAGCACAGCACGCUCAGCAGCACCUGCUCCGCCUGCCAGAAACAUGUCCACCUGGUGCAGAGGUUUCUGGUGGAUGGCAAGCUCUACCAUCGCAACUGUUUCAGAUGCACAGAGUGUCACAGCACUUUGCUUCCUGGAUCCUACAAAUUAAGAAGCAACUCUGGAGUGCUGGUCUGUACACAUCACCUUACAAAGCCCGGGCCAGCCAGUCAGAAUGGCCGGCCAGAUAUUAGCAAGAAACCAGCGGUAUUUCAGUCUGCCAGGAUUGGUCGCAGCACAAUACCUCACACCUCGCCCUCAGAGAGGGACCAGGCAGAGAGCGCUUCUCCAGUAAGCCAAACAAAUGAUACUGACAUGCCUGCCAAAGACUCUGUUACUGUCAGUGCUGUUACAACAAAUGAAGCAGACUCUUUGGAAACAACAAAAGACGUGGACAACGGUGGAGUCACAGAAGAGAUACCACGUUCUUCUUCUCCUCCCAACCCUUUUGACGAAAGUGAUGAGGAGGAAGAGGAGGAGAAAGAGGAAGAUACUAAAACACCAGCCAAAUUAACGACUAAUGGGGACCUCCCUCCUACACCUGUCAGUCAUCAAGAAGGUUCCAGCCGACCAGUACCUGCACCACGCCGGGUUUCUGAACCCACCCCUCCUCCUCGUCCUGCACCUCGGGUGCGACUACUCCGUACAGCAGACGGUGAAAGCCAGAAGCCUCCGACUCCUCCCAAACCUCGAGAGAGAUCACAGUCACCUGGAAGCCUGCCCAGUGGCACCCAUAAACCCAAAGACCCACCUUGGCUCGCCCUGGUCCAAUCAGAAACCAAGAAGAAGAAAGCCCCCGCCCCUCCCCCUGCCGGCCUGGCAACACCUCCCAAUACAGGCUCUCUGUCCUCUCUCAAAGGGGAAGGCUCCAGACCCAGCACGCCCCCUCCGCCUGCCAACCCAUUCGACGAGGAGGAUGACGAGGAAGAAAAUAACGAGGUGGAGGAAGAAGAGGGGACUGAAGGUGGUGCAGUGCCACCCACGGUUGUGGCUAGUCACCCAUGGUACAGCAUCACCCGGGCUGCUGAUGCGACAGGUGGACUCACUCCACCUAGUGGAGGAAGCUCAUCCCGUUCUGCCAGCCCAGGGAGCGCCAAGAGCAAGAAACGGCCGGCACCUCGCGCUCCGCAGCCACCUGCAGGCCACCAAGUUCUCCCUUACUCUCAGCCCUCCUCUUGCUCCCCCUCUCCAGCUCUCAGCACAGAGAGUCUGUCUUCUGGCUCAGACCACAGUUCCUCCCAGCCCCCGUUGAGUGGCAGUGCCAGCAGCGACCAGCAACACCCCUUCACCAAGAGCGUCUCAGAGCCUUCAAUCUGUUCACCGUGUGACUCUGUGGCCUCUCCUUCCUCCUCGUCCUCCAGCGAGCGUCUUCCUCAUCCUUCUCCAGGCCCCUACCCUUCUCCCAUGCCAUCAAAUGCCAGCUCAGCUCCAGCCACACCACAGACUGGUCGCAGCAUGAGCACCAAAGGGGCUGGAACCCCUCCGCCACGACCUCCAACGACCCCCAGUCCAUUGGCCUCAGGAGCCUCCCAAGCACAUAAUAAGCGGAUCUGUAAGGAGAACCCGUUCAACAGGAAAGCUUCUCCCUCCCCUGCUAAAUCCAAAACCAAACCACCAAAAGGACCUCGUCCUGCCAGACCUCCAGCGCCCGGCCAUGGCUUCCCUCUCAUCAAACGCAAGGUGCAGUCAGAUCAGUACAUCCCAGUAGAAGACAUUCACGGGGAGAUGGGUCAGCUGGAGAAACAGCUGGAUGAACUGGAGCAGAGGGGAGUGGAGCUAGAGAAGAAGCUGCGAGACAACCCCAAUGAUGAGGAUGAGGAACACCUGCUGGUGGACUGGUUCACUCUCAUCCACGAGAAACAUCUUUUAGUACGAAGAGAAGCUGAGCUUGUUUACACAGCGAAGCAGCAGAACCUGGAGGAGAGGCAAGCUGAUGUGGAGUAUGAGCUGAGGUGUCUCCUCAACAAACCAGAGAAAGACUGGACAGACGAGGAUAAGAGUCGGGAGCAGGAGCUAAUGGCUGAGCUGGUUACCAUCAUUGAACAGCGCAACCAAAUUGUCAACAACAUGGACCAGGACAGGCAGAGGGAAGAAGAGGAGGAUAAACUUAUCGGAGCCAUGCUGAAGAAAAAAGACUUUCAUAAGGAUCCAGAGGGUGAGCAGCAGCAGCAACAGCAGCAGAAGAAAAAAGGAGCAAAGUUCAAACCCAUUAAGGUGCUGAAGAGGCUGAGCCACAAAGGAGAACCAGGCAAAAGCCCCCGCAAGGAGAAAUCGCCAUAGAAAGGACACAUUCUCCUCCAAGAGGAUAUGAGACGAUUUUAAUGAGACCGAGGAGACAAAAAUAGGACGUAAGAAGACGAGAUGAGUUCUCCUUUAACUGUCAUUAACGACUUGAAGUGAAACCCAGAAUCCACUCCACUCACAUCUUACGUCACUAUUUUCAGUUGUAUGUUGUUGUUUUUUAAAGAGACAGUAUAAAAACUCAGCCGCUUUAAGAGCCGACAUGUUUGCAAGCUCUCUGACCUUUCAAGCUAGUGAAGAGUAAAGUAGGUUUCCAAAUUACUGCACUGAUUUGUCGUGUUCUGCAUCACUAUCCCUGCAUUGCACGGCGACUCUACCCUGUGGGCCUUUAUCAAGGCUCAGCAUAGGUGUGUUCUGUCAGUUCACUUUGAGUGAAGUCAAGUUGAUCCCUGAUAGCUGUAAGGUUUUUAUGUUUUACUCUGCUCCUUGAGUACUCGUGUCCUCUUUGAUUCCAAAGGUCUGUAGAUGAAUAUCUGAGAACGGUUCAUGUCUCGUCUCGUUUGAAACUGUGGUACUAGUGAAAGGAAAGAGUUUUUUUUUUUUUUAAGAUGAACUCUGCUUUAAAUUUUGCAACAUCUACCCUUAAACGCUCAGUCAACAAUGGAUACCUAAGCUCUUCUUCUUGUUCUUGGUUACAUCAGUAGUAGUUCUGCGAUGGUGUCAUUUGUGUAAAUGCAUAUCAUCAAAGGUGUGGAUGAACGUAGAUCCAGUAUUUAUGUGUGCGCGCGCGCGCGCGUGCGUGUGUGUGUGUGUGAAUGGAAACAAAUUUGGAGACUCAAAAUCAGAUUAAUUUAGAAAAUGUUAGGUCUAGUGGGGAGCACUAUAGAAAGUGUUAAGUUGUCUGUUAAUAUGAAAGGUCAUACAGGCAAUAAAGAAUAUUAGAAAAGUUAGACAUACAGUAUUUUGACACCUGUGAAGAAGCAGUUUAACAGUUUUAACCGUUUGGGGAAAACCUGAAUAUGCAAUCAUUAAUUUAUAUUUUACUAUGCCUUUCUGUACGUUCCCAUGUUUUGCCUUAAAAAUAGAUAUGA